GUUUUGGUAAACAAAACCUCAAUAUAAAAUCAGUGGCCCUCUGCCCAAGGCUCAUUGUCCCCUGCCACUUCUCAAAGCUGUUGCCUGUUGCGCCUCCCACUGCUGUUCCUCCACCGCUACCACUCCAAGUCUGUCCCAAACCAAACGAGUCCAGCUUUACUCUCUAGAAAGAGUAUGAGUGUGUGUGUAUGUGUUUUGCGCAGAACCCAUAAAAGGUCUUGUCUUCAAAAUAAGUGUAAUUUUGGAGCUAGAAAAUAGAAAGAAACCCGACUGUUUGUACAGAACAAAAGCAACAUCGACAUGAAAAAAAUAUCAAAGCAACAGUGUUUUUCUAGUCAUAUAGAAAAGAAGGAAACUUUAACUUUUGGCUCCAAGUAGUUCCAACUCAAAGACACCAAAGUUGAUCUGCUUGCUGCAAGAUAUCAGAAGAAAGGACAUGGGUUGCUGUUACUCAAGAAUAGAGAGGGAAGAGAUCGUGUCAAGAUGCAAAGCCAGAAAGAAGUACAUGAAGCAAUUAGUGAAGGCAAGGCAAGCCUUCUCGGCCGCGCACACUAUGUACCUCCGCUCACUUCGCAGCACUGGCUCCGCUCUGCUCCAGUUCGCCAAUGCCGAGACCAACCUCCACCACCACCACCACCACCAUGUCCAGCUUCUCCAGCCGCCGCAAACUCCACCGCCUCCGCCGCCUCCGCCACCGCCAAUGAGCCCCAGCUCCGACACGUGGACGUCCGUUACGGCAUCCCCGGCUCCCCCGCCGCCUCCUCCGCCGCCGCCAGCGUCGUCCUCCACGUGGGAUUUCUGGGACCCAUUUGGGCCGCCGUCGUUGUCGAGGUCCGUGGAGGAGGAAUCGGACGAGGAGUCGGAGUCAGAGGCUGCGCCGGUACUGGUGGCCAGCGCCAGAGCCACCGCUAGCGCCACACCGCAGCGUUCUGUGAUCAGUGGGUUUUCGAAGGACACCGUUACCACCACCACCACGAGCGAGCUUGCUAUGGUGGUGGCCAGGAAUGGUAAAGAUCUCGUUGAGAUUGUGAAGGAGCUUGAUGAAUACUUUCUCAAGGCUGCUGAGGCUGGUGGCCAGGUCUCAUCGCUCUUGGAAGUCUCAAGCUCUACCUUUUCUAGUCAGAGUAGUAAAGAAGGAAAAGUUUAUAACUACGGGUUUAAUUUGAGUCCAUCGUGGUGGACAUGGGGCUCGAGUCCAAAAUCAAACGGUUUUCGGAAGUUUGGAGAGGAAAUGAUAGGAACUGGUGUUGGGGGUGGCAGUGUUGUCUGUAGUGACAGCCACUGUUCCACUGUGGAGAGGCUAUUUGCUUGGGAGAAGAAAUUGUGCGAGGAAGUCAAGACUUCUGAGACCAUAAGGAUAGAGCAUGAGAAGAGGGUGGAGCAGCUGCGGAAGCUAGAGCUGAACAGGGCUGACUAUGUGAGGACUGAGAAGACAAAGAAAGAGGUUGAAAAGUUGGAAUCGCAAAUGAUGGUUGCUUCCCAGGCCAUAGAGACCACCUCUGCUGAGAUCAUCAAACUAAGGGAAACCGAGCUCUACCCACAACUUAUUGGGCUUGUCAAAGGAUUGAUGUGCAUGUGGAGAAGCAUGUAUGAGUGCCACCAAGUCCAAACACACAUAGUGCAGCAGCUAAAAUACCUGGAUACCAUCCCAUCAACAGAACCCACAUCUGAGAUUCACAGGCAAGCAACUCUUCAGCUCGAGCUUGAGGUCCAACAAUGGCACCAGUCUUUCUGCAACCUAGUCAAGGGCCAAAGGGACUACAUCCAGUCCCUCGCUGGUUGGCUUCGGCUGAGCCUCUUCCAGAUCAGCAAAAAUCCGCUGUCCAGAACUUCUCAGGAAUCCAGAAUUUACACACUGUGUGAAGAAUGGCACGUUGCGGUUGACCAUAUUCCAGACAGGGUGGCAUCUGAAGGAAUUAAGAGCUUAUUAACAGUAAUCCAUGCCAUUGUAGUUCAACAAGCAGGCGAGCAUAAGCAAAAGAAAAGGUCGGAAACUGCAUUUAAAGAGCUUGAGAAGAAGGUGACUCAGCUUAGAUCACUUGAGUGCAAGUAUGGUCCAUAUUCUAUGCAAGAAUCCCCUGGCCCUACAAGUGGCGGGGAUCCAGUGGCAGAGAAGCGAGCAAGGGUGGAAAUCUUGAGAGCCAAGGCAGAGGAGGAGAAAAGUAAGCAUGAAAAGUCGGUCAGUGUAACCAGGGCAAUGACACUGAAUAAUCUCCAGAUGAGCUUACCGCAUGUGUUUCAGGCGAUGGUGGGAUUUUCUAGUGUGUGUACAGAAGCAUUUGAAUCAGUAUACAACAAAGCCAAAAGAGCAGAUGAGGAGCUUGAUGUGAAGAGGAUAAUGGCUUGAGAAGUAGACUUUUUAGAUUAGGAAAAACGACAGUGAUGGUUUUUGUGUAUAGAAGUGCAUGUUUUUGUGAAGACAAAGUGAAACUCCAGAAGAUCCAUUAAUUCAAGAGUACAAACUAAAGGCAAAGUUCACAGGCUUUGAAGCCUUUGGUUUUGUCUCGCUGAGGGGCUGUGACAACUCACAACUGGUUAGCUAGGAGUUUUCUUUCAGAUUUUAUACCUUUGUUUUGUCUUGUCAUAGGAAAGCGUUUGGGUGCUUCUAGUUUUAGGGUUUUUUUUUUUUUUUUUUCAUAUGUAGUCUUCUAUUCCUAAUGAAGGGUUUUGCUUAA